AUGAUAUCCUUUGCGCCAUGGAGCCUGGUCGUCGCGACGUUGACAUUGUGUGUCGCUGAACCCAUCGCAAAGCCUGAAGCUAUACCACAGCAAAUCUCGAACAAUGCGCCAUUCUCCGGCGCCGUGUAUAUCGUAAACCCAGAAGGCCAAUCAGUCGUAGCGCAAGAUGCAAACUGGUGUCCUUCAUCCGCGUCAGUGAGCUGCAGCAAUGUCAACCAGCCUAGUUGGUGCUGUCCGUCAGGCUACGAAUGCGCCGUACCCGGUAACUCCAACGGACUCAUUGGCUGCUGUCCAAGCGGAAACCAAUGUGGAGGCGCGGUAAACGUCGCACAGGUCACGACCGUAACUGUGUACCCCCAGCAGCAAACGGCAAUCGUGUACGCUCAACCGCCUCCCCAAACGACCGUAUACCAGAACCCAGCUACAGUGCAAGGCGGCUUCUGCGCUACAAUCACAAUGGACGGACCUGAUCUACCGAGAGCUGAGCAAGGAGGAUGCGGCACAAUAUUGAUCGUUGCAGGAGCACCGAGUCUGAAAGUGCUAGGUGUAGGCGCCGGCGUUGUUGGACUGUUCCUACACCUAGCCUUGGGCAGGAUGUUCCAUGGCGCAUAA